AUGGAAGUAGAAGGAACAGACGGGCAAAUGGAUAUUAACAACGACGAGUUCGAUGAAUGGACUAAAGACUCCGAUACCGACCCCCUACUAUACGACGAACGUUUGAAAAAGAAGUUCGGUAAUAUGUGGAAAAAGGCCAAGGCUAAGAUAAACAGCAUGUGGCCAUCUAAGCGCCCCGGCAAGCCCAAACCCGUAUACCUGCAGAUGAAAAAUCUGGAGUCCGUACCUGAAGCCCCCACCGCCGAGUGGCUUGCUAAAGUUCAAGCAGAAAUGGACGAAGAAAUGGGAAAGGAACCGGACGACUACGAUAGAAUCAAAGAAGAAUUCCCCAACUGGGACCCAAGCAAGGUCCAGGUGAUGUUCGACGCGGAUAACGAAUGGGGUAAGGAAGUCGUAGUAGCAAGGUUGAAUAGACUCAACGCUCGCCCCUACAUUGUCAGGGACAUGAAUGGUGUCUACUACGCGGAUAAAAACAUUCCUCCAACCCUUAGAAAGGCAUUAGGAGAAACCAAGAUUGGCAAAGUCAUCGCCAACGUCGGUGAAAGGGGUCAAAUACAAAUUCGUCAUACGGGUCGAGAAAAGUGGUACGACUUCUAUCAAAGGAAAGACUCCGCCAAACUCAACGGUGCCCUUACGAAAGAAAUAACAGCAGCAUUGGGAAAUCCCAACUUAUCCGCGUUGUCUGUUUUGACCAAGAAAGAAACCGCGGCACUUAGCGAAAGAUUCCUCAAGAGCAUUACCACACCUAAAAGUACGAGCGCAAUGCGAGCCAUCAGCGAGAUCAUAAGUAAGGACCAAAAGAGGCUUCAGGAAAUACAAGUCGCUAAGGAAAAAGUAGUUGAAAAACUAGCAAGCCUACCAUCGGGUAACAGCGAAGCUAUUCAGUCAAGUGCGUCCCUGGAAUCCCUUAGAAUUGAAGAAAAGGCGCAACAAAGAAGCAUAGAAGUCAAACGGGAACAGCUUGAUGAACUUACGCAGCAACUUGAGGAAAGAGAAAGCGAAUUAGUGGCGGAGGCGGAACACAUCGAAUACUUAAAGCAGACAAUGGACGAAAGAGAAGAGGAAUACAUGAAGCAAUAUCAAACGAUGUCGGAUUCUCACGAACGGGAGAGCGAGGACAAUAAGCAGCGCAUCAGCAUGUUGCUACAUGAAAGGGACACCGCUAGAAAGAACUUCGAUCGUGCAGUUAGAGACGUUGGGGACAGAGACGCCGAACUUAGACGCGUGGGUGCAUUACUGGAAGCUUCGGUAAUGCAAGAGCGGCAACUUAACGCGGAAAUCAUCACCAAGGAGGAGCAACUUCGACAAAGAACCCAAGCUAUCGAGGACCUGGAGGGGCAAAUACAAGCACAACAGGAAAUCAUUAACGAUCAAACGAAAACCGRGGCCGAGCAGGAGGCAGCCCAAACGGAAUUAGAGGCUCUUCAGGAAAGGGUUGCGGAGUUGCAGGCGCAAAGAGAAGGCUUGGAAAAGGAGUUGGGGCUUACCACCAAGGAAAAGAUAAAAAGAGCCCUUUUGAAGUAUGGCGUUCCACUGGCAUUUGCGGUCGCUAUUAGCACCGUAGUAGGAGUUAUAGGAGUUAUCCUAUCCGCGCUUAAGGCUACAGGCGCGGGCGUAAAGAAAUUAGGCAAUGGGCUGACGGACUUGGGAAGAAAGAUGGCAGCCGGCUUGCCUGGGCUGCUUG